CUCCCACGACAAACAAACGCCCUCGACGCGCCACCAACCCCGCGCGCGCGCGCAAACCCGGCUCACUCACCACUCACCACCCCGUCGCUUCCCCCGGGCAGCGCGCGCGCGCGCUGAACGUACGUAGGUACGUACGUACGUAGCCACAGCGCCCGCCCGCCCGCGCGCCACCCACCAGCCCGAUCGAGAAGGCGAUCGAGCGAGAGCCACCUUAUAACAGCCCGCGCGCUCCGCAGUUCGCAGCUCGUUCGCUCGCGCACUGUAUACCUCUCGGACGGCGACGCCGGAGCUCGCCAUCGUCUCCGCCGAUCGCUCCAUACGUCCGUCAACCCUCGGCCGCGUCCGCCUCGUCGAUCGUCCUACGUGCCGCGCGCGCCCACGCGAGGCCGACAGAGCGCCGCGGGCUGAACGGGAGCCAGCCAGGCAUGUCCGCCGCGGGGCCCAGGGUCGCCGGUGCAGCCCGCAGGCCGUCGUCCCCGAGGCCGCCGUCGGCCGGCGCUGGGGGGAGGGAGAGGCCGCAGCCGACGACGCGGCGCGGCGACGAGGACCCGCGGGUGUCGGGCGCCGCCAACUCCAAGAAGCGGCUGCCGUCCGCGGCCGUGGCCGCCAGGGGCGCGCUCCCGUCCAUGCUGCUGCGCCGGUCCGAGCUGCUUCGCCGCGGCGGGAAGAACGGGAGCAUGCAGUCGCUCAACGUGUCGUGCGCCUCGGAGGCGUCCGACGACUCCUUCUGCAGCCGGGCGUCCACAGGCAGGAUCGGCCGGCCGGCGGGGGCCGCCGCCCGGCGUAGGGCGGCCGCCGGGUCGUCGGCGGGGCCUCCUUCCGCCCGGAAGGCCGCCAGCGUUGCGCCGGACGGCGCAGGAGCCGGGGCCGCCGCUGCGGUGGCACUGGGUUCGAUGAUCGGCGAAGCUGCGGCGGCGCCGGGGCCGCCGAGGUGCCCGUGGGUGACCCGUAACACUGAUCCAUGCUAUGCUGCCUUUCAUGACCAGGAGUGGGGAGUCCCGGUGCAUGACGACAAGAAACUAUUUGAGAUGCUUGUUCUGUCCGGUGCACUAGCGGAGAUGGCAUGGCCCGUAAUCCUCAGCAAGAGGGACGCCUUCAGGGAAGUGUUCAUGGAUUUCGACCCUCUGCUGGUGUCGAAGCUAAACGAGAAGAAGUUCCUGGGGCCAUGCAGCCCGGCCAGGUCCCUCUUGUCGGAGCACCGGCUCCGAACCAUCGUCGAAAACGCGCACGAGUUACUGAAGAUCAUAGAGGAGUUCGGGUCGCUGGACGAGUACUGCUGGGGCUUCCUCAACUACAAGCCAAUGGUCGGCAGGUACCGGUCGUCCCGGGAGGUGCCGCUGCGGACGCCGAAAGCCGAGGCGCUCAGCCAGGACCUGAUGCGGCGGGGCCUCCGCGGCGUCGGGCCGACGGUGGUCUACGCCUUCAUGCAGGCCGUCGGCAUGGCCAACGACCACCUCGUCACCUGCUACCGCCUCGACGAGUGCGCCGCCGACACGGAGGCCUCCGACGGCGGCCAUGGCGGCGCCCUGGUGAAGGAGCAGGAGAUGAGCAAGAUGUGCGGGAUGAUGAUCGAGUGCGUCAGCCUGGAGGCCUCGAUGGCCGCCGCCAUGAUCAGCAUCUCGUAGGCAGCCCGUGUCAGCAGCCGGAGACCGGCUGUGGCUUGUGUACGUAGUUGUGUAUAUGGUUGUUUGGUUUGAGGGUUUGAGCAAUGCGUUUGAUUGAUUGAGUAGCUGCCGUUGAAGCUUGCGUGCGUGCGUGCGUGCGUGUGUGUGUCCGUGGGAAAAGAUGAAGAUAGGUACGUAGCUUUGACAGGGCAAAACCGCGGGACGAAGGUCUGUUCCAUGACGAUGACGUUAACAAUUGGCAGGGUGGUGGAGCCGUCCCGGAUAUUGUAAAGUUGAGAGAUUGUUCUCUGAUUGAUUGAUCUAUAUAUACACACAGAAAACAAAGGAGGGUCUGAUUCUUGGGC